UUUUCUUCUCUUCUUUUUCUUUUAAAAGAGCGUUUGGGUCGAUACCCUCAAUUUUAUUGAUUUCUGGCAUUUUACUGCUUUCGGAAAGAAAAAGGACGGGACUUAUGGGAGGUAAACUACACAAGUACCUAUUUUUGUACAAAAACACGAACCCUUUUUGGAUUAAUAGAAAAAAAUAUAGAGAAGGAAAAAAUAUUGGAUAUAAACCAAAUUAUUGUCGAUGAGAUUAAUAAAAUGCAAAUUUGAAUGGAAAGUGGUCAAUCUUAGACAAAUUUAUGAAGCUGUUCAACCUGGUAUAAAAACACAAUUAAUAAGCAGUCGAUUUCCAGGUUUCCAUGAAGUGGCAUGGGAAUUAGUUAUUGAAAUUCACAAAAUUAAAAAUUAUGAAGAGAAAGAAACUGUUAAUAUAUGGCUUCGACAAGUAGGCCCUUGUGCUAUAGAUGAUUUUAAUUGUCGUAACCCUUUUGCUAAAAAUUAUGUUACAAAUACAAAAUAUAAAAUUUAUGUUAUUAAAGAUAACAACUUUACGAUUAUUUCAAGAUCAAAGAAUAAAUUGGAAGAUCAACAACAAAUAGGAUAUGUUCAAGUUUUGUUGGAUGACGUACUUUCUAAAGCAGGGGCAUGGUUUCCUAAUUUUAAGCUUUUGGAAGGUUUUUUAAAGAUAAAUUUGUUUUAUUAA